GAGUGCGUGGAAGGCCGGGAGAUUGAAGUCUGGAAUUUGGGUUUCUGGAGGUAGAAAUGGGACGAUAAAGCGACAUUUAUGAUUCUGUGGGUUUGGGUGACGCUUUAGCCAGUGUACUUCAUCUGCAUCUGACCAUCUUGCAAGAAUGCUGCUGGGCUUGAGCCAUCUAUAUGAUGGCUGGAUGGAAUUGGAAAGUGAUCCAGGCCUCUUUACUCUACUGUUGGAAGAUUUUGGUGUCAAAGGACUUCAGGUGGAGGAGAUUUAUGACAUCAGCAAGUCUGCCGACGAAAAGACGUUUGGGUACAUCCUGUUGUUUCGCUGGAUGGAGGAGCGGCGCGCUCGGCGCCAGACCUGUGACAAGGACAGCUUUCUGAUGGAUGAAGAAGAGGUCAAUAGUAUCUUCUUUGCGCAACAGGUGGUUCCCAACAGCUGCGCCACUCACGCUCUGGUCUCAAUCCUGCUCAACUGCUGCGAUGUGGACCUCGGCCCCACUCUGACCAACUUCAAACACCAUGUGGAAGGGAUGAAUCCAGAGAACAAGGGCCUCGCCAUCGGCAACACUGCCGAGCUGGCGUGGGCCCACAACUCGCACGCGGCGCAGCAGGCACACCGCGUGCAGGAGCGGCCGGCCGUCGGCCUACCGGUCGGCAGGUCGGCCGCCGAGACCUUCCACUACGUCAGCUACGUGCCCAUCAACGGCCGCCUGUUCGAGCUGGACGGCCUCAAGCCCGGUCCCAUCGACCACGGACCGUGGGCGGCCGGCGAGGAGUGGACGGACAAAUUCCGGCGCGUCAUCUCGGACCGGCUGGGCAUCGCCACCAGCGGCCAGCCGUACCACGACAUCCGCUUUAACCUGAUGAGCGUCGUGUCGGACCGCCGGAUCACGCUGACGCGGCGACUCAGCUCACUCAAAGCCGACAUCUGGUGGCUAUACAGGAGCGGACAGCGCGAGCCGGAGGAGGCGGCCGACGCGCGCCCGCUGUCGGCCGCAGCGCGCUGGCCGGCUGAGCGGCGCGGCGCCGUCCACAGUCUGCUGCAGCGCGAUGCCCGGCUGUUGGAGGAGCGGCUGCGGGACGAGCUCGACAAGCGGAAAAAGUACCAGGUGGAGGCGAGCCGCCGCACGCACGACUACGACCCGUUCAUCACCACCUACCUCUCAAUGCUGGCCGCCGAGGGUCUGCUAGGAGAGCUAGUGCAGCAGCAGAUGUACCCGAGCAAGUACAGGAUCAUUGAAAAGCAAGAGUGCAAGGGCAAACGGAAAGGCCGCAAACGGAAGUAGCGACCUCAAUGGUGUGAUUAUGAUAUGCAAACAUUGGAGAUGUAAUCUCGUUUGUCUUAGGCGGGGGUGAGCAGGCAUCACCGCGCUAGCCGGGCGUGCGUAGACUUCGCCUUGUGACCGCCCAUUGCUCAUCAGCUCAUCGUUGUCAAAAACAGGCUGUUGUUCGUCUCCUGUUACUGAGAAUGUCAUUCUGCAUAGUUUUGUUUUCAAUAAUGACGGACCAACAUCAUUUAUGGCUUGGACUAAAUAGUUACUUAUCGACGGUAGUGUAUGAUGUGCAUUACCGCCCUACGAGCAGCGAAAGGCGGUCGCUUGCCAGACGAUUUGUCCAUGAACUGUCGUAUUGAAUUAUCUGAUGUCUCAUUUUUUGGACAAUACACGGAUGUGUAGGUG